AGCCUGCCCGACCUGGCCGCAACAAGUUAGGCUGAAUGGCAUAUAUAUAGACCGGCGACGGAGCACGCGUGUGUGCGGACGCAGUUGCGUGAGGGGCUUUUGCCUUGUGUCGUUCUGUGGAGCAAAGCUUGUUCCUCCCCGGCUCAGCCGCGCAGGUUGAAUUGACCAAAGCAAUGGUUAUGGAGAAGCCUAGUCCCCUGCUGGUCGGGCGGGAAUUCGUGAGACAGUAUUACACGCUGCUGAACCAGGCCCCAGACAUGCUACACAGAUUUUAUGGAAAGAACUCUUCUUAUGUCCAUGGGGGAUUGGAUUCAAAUGGAAAACCAGCAGAUGCGGUCUAUGGACAGAAAGAAAUCCAUAGGAAAGUGAUGUCACAAAACUUCACCAACUGCCACACUAAGAUUCGCCAUGUUGAUGCUCAUGCCACUCUGAAUGAUGGUGUGGUGGUCCAGGUGAUGGGUUUGCUCUCCAAUAACAACCAGGCUUUGAGGAGAUUCAUGCAAACAUUUGUCCUUGCUCCUGAGGGUUCUGUUGCAAAUAAGUUCUACGUUCACAACGAUAUCUUCAGAUACCAAGAUGAGGUCUUUGGUGGCUUUGUCACUGAGCCCCAGGAGGAAUCUGAGGAAGAAGUAGAGGAACCUGAAGAAAGACAGCAGACACCCGAGGUGGUGCCUGAUGAUUCUGGAACUUUUUAUGAUCAGGCUGUCAGCAAUGACUUGGAAGAACAUCUAGAGGAACCUGUUGCUGAACCAGAGCCUGAUCCUGAACCCGAACCGGAGCAAGAACCUGUAUCUGAAAUCCAAGAGGAAAAGUCUGAACCAGUAUUGGAAGAAACUGCUCCUGAGGAUGCUCAGAAGAGUUCUUCUCCAGCACCUACAGACAUAGCGCAGACAGUGCAGGAAGACUUGAGGACAUUUUCCUGGGCAUCUGUGACCAGUAAGAACCUUCCACCCAGUGGAGCUGUUCCAGUUACUGGGAUACCACCUCAUGUUGUUAAAGUACCAGCUUCACAGCCCCGCCAGGAGUCUAAGCCUGAAUCUCAGGUUCCACCGCAGAGGCCUCAGAGGGAUCAAAGGGUGCGAGAACCACGAGUAAACAUUCCUCCGCAGAGGGGGCCCAGACCAAUUCGUGAAGCUGGUGAGCAAGGUGAUGUUGAACCCCGAAGAAUCGUGAGACACCCUGACAGUCACCAACUUUUCAUUGGCAAUCUACCUCACGAGGUGGACAAAUCAGAGCUUAAAGAUUUUUUUCAAAAAUAUGGGAAUGUGGUGGAGCUCCGCAUUAACAGCGGUGGGAAAUUACCCAAUUUUGGUUUUGUUGUGUUUGAUGAUUCUGAGCCUGUUCAGAAGGUCCUUGGCAACAGGCCCAUCAUGUUCAGAGGUGAGGUCCGUCUGAAUGUGGAAGAGAAGAAGACUCGAGCUGCGCGGGAAGGGGACCGGCGAGAGAAUCGCCUGCGGGGACCUGGAGGCCCUCGAGGUGGGCUGGGUGGUGGCAUGAGAGGUCCCCCGCGAGGAGGCAUGGUGCAGAAACCAGGAUUUGGAGUGGGAAGGGGGAUUGCUCCAAGGCAGUGAAUUGCUCUCCGCUGAUCUCCAUGCAGCAGUACAAAGCCACCCUUCCGCAGAACGGUGAAUUCUUCAGCCACCCCUUGGUAUCUUGCAGUAUGACCCUGGUCUCUUAUAAACUGCUUGAGUUUGUAUAAUUUUACUUUUUGUGUUAAUGGUGUGUGUUCUCCUCCCUCCCUGCCCUCUCCUCACAUUUUAGUCUUUCACUUCCAAUUUUGUGGAAUGAUAUUUUAGGAAAAAUGGAUUUUUAAAGAAGAAAAAAAAAGACUGAACUUCCUUGCUUUACUUUGCAUAUACAGACUGGAUUUUUUUUUUUUUUAACAGCCAUUUCCCCAAAGGAAUGUGUCUUGCUUAUUACUGACAUUUGGUAUGUUCAUUCAUUGGAAUAUUUCUUACUUGUUUUAUACGUGUUUCAAAAAAGCCUUUGAGAAAUACAGGAUUUGAUAAACAUUUUGAAGGCAGGAAAAACCCAAAUUGUUUCUUCGAGAGUCAUGACUACGUUCGUUGUGGAGAAACUGCCACUGGAAAAAUUGACAACUUUGAUUUUCACUGGUAUGGUUAAAAACUGAUAAUAAAAGGUGUUGUUAGAGUUUUUCUUCUUUUGAUAUGUGAUCACAAAAUGAUUCUACAACUGACUGUUUUUACUAUUGAAAUUUAAAUUGUGAGAUUAGGUUUAAAUGUCUAAAAUGCAACUGAUAUACUUUUCUUGAAUUGUUAGGGGUUUUUUUUGAAGUACAGUUUUUUUCGUGUUUAAUUUGUAUUUGUACAAAAAACAAACACACAAAAAACGCACCCUCCCUCCAAUCCCAAUAACACAAAACCAGAGCAAAACUGUUGUGCCUUCUAUUUAUCUUUGAUUCCAGUCUUGGCAAUUGUUUAAUGGCAAAUAAUAAUAAUAAAAAAAGUCUAGAUUUGUUUUUUCAGGUUCAAA